CGCACUUGAGCACUUUCAAACAGCACCAUCAACAGACGGAGGCACAAGCUGGCGUUUUGUUUACCUCCAAAAGAAGAUCAAAUUAUCGCAACAUGUCGGGAUUUCACGAGAACCCCUUUGUAGAUGCAGUGGAGGUCAAUCCUUUCCAGGAUGCCUCAGUCACACAAAUCACCAGCGGUGGGAUUGAAACCGUUGAGGAAUUCAACCCGUUCUCAGCCAGUGCUAUGGGCACCCACACUGGGACCACCAUCCCCAUCUCUGCUGCCUCCUCCCAACCAGCUGUCCUACAGGCUUCUGCUGUGGAGCCCACCCCACAAGCGACUGCGGCUGCUGCCCAGGCUAACCUGCUCAGGCAACAGGAGGAGCUGGAGAAGAAAGCUGCUGAACUGGAUCGGAAAGAGCAGGAGCUCCAGAACAGGCCUGGAGGCCCCAUUACGAAAGAAAACAACUGGCCGCCACUCCCCAAGUUUUGCCCCAUAAAGCCUUGCUUCUACCAGGACUUCAACGAAGACAUCCCUGAAGAGUACCAGAAGAUCUGCAAGAGGAUGUACUACCUUUGGAUGUUUCACAGUGUCACUCUCUUCCUGAACUUUCUGGCCUGCCUGGCCUACUUCACGGCCGAUCAAAACGCGGGGGUGGACUUUGGCCUGUCCAUCCUCUGGUUCAUCCUCUUCACCCCGGUCUCUUUCAUCUGUUGGUACAGGCCAGUGUACAAAGCCUUCAGGUCGGACAGUUCCUUCAGUUUCUUCUUCUUCUUCUUUGUUUUCUUCUUCCAAGUGUCUGUCUACGUGAUCCAGUGUGUGGGGAUCCCCAAGUGGGGGAACAGUGGAUGGAUCUCGUCCAUCACCAUGAUAAGAAGCAACGUGGCUGUAGCUGUGAUCAUGAUGGUCGUUGCCGGCUGCUUCACUGUGAACGCUGUCCUCGCCAUCAUCCUACUCAAAAUGGUUCACUCCAAGUACCGUCGGACGGGGGCCAACUUCGCCAAGGCCCAGCAGGAGUUCUCUUCGGGGGUCCUCACCAACCAGACCUUUCAGAGCGCCGCGGCCAGCGCCGCCUCUUCAGCCGCCCAGGGGGCCUUUCAAGGACGCUAGGGAUCCUAAAGCCACAGGGCCAGGUUCUUCCUAACCUCCCUAGCCACCUCUCACUCACUCCAAGCCCCAUUUUGUCCCAUUGCCCCAGUGUCUCUGCAGAGGCAACAGAAAUGGCUGACAAGGCAGAAACAAGACUGGUAUACAGGCACAUUACAAUGUUCCACUAUAUCAUGAACAUUCUCUAACCACAGCCAUUGGUACAUAAACCCAAACCCAAUUCAACCUUUAGCCCCACCCUCUACCUCCUUGGCAAAUGAGUAGAUCUGAAAGGAUUGGAUAUGUGUAUUCAACGUGGUGGAAACUCCACUUAGCUGAUCAGAGGGUAAAAUGGAGCUAUUACUAUGUUGAUUAAACUUAUCCAAAUGUCUAGGUGGUAGGCGGGUUGGAUUGGGGUGCCUAGGUGGUAGGAGGGUUGGAUUGGGGUGUCUAGGUUGUAGGGGGCUAGGGUUGGUUUGGGAUUGGGUUGCCUAGGUGGUAGGGGGGUUGGGUUGGUUUGGGAUUGGGCACCAGAGUUCGGCAAAGUGUCCUCCAUGUUGGUACCAAACAUUCCAUGACAAUAAGGUGAAUUUUCAUUCUAAGUGGAAUGCGACACGUUAAGAAAGCGAAUGCGUAAUCUGUCUUGCUCGUCUCCUGUAGCUUUGAAUGCAGUAUGUUACUAGCGAAUAAGGAAUGCUCUCCCUAGAAUAAUUUACGAUGUCAUUUUAAUCCUCAAUAGAAUGAAGUAGUUUGGUACCAGCAUGGUGCUUAUCAUCAUAAAAACACAAUCUCAAAUUGAGUUUUUUAAAAAUGUAUUUUCUAUUCAGUAUAUCCAUUUCUCUGUUCAACAGUCCCAUACUCUAGUCUUUACCAUGAUAGGUCCUCUUCCCCCUUCCUCUACUGCCCCUAUCCAGACACUCCGGUCCUCUUCCCCCUUCCUCUACUGCCCCUAUCCAGACACUCAGGUCCUCUUCCCCCUUCCUCUACUGCCCCUAUCCAGACACUCCGGUCCUCUUCCCCCUUCCUCUACUGCCCCUAUCCAGACACUCAGCUCCUCUUCCCCCUUCCUCUACUGCCCCUAUCCAGACACUCAGCUCCUCUUCCCCCCUUCCUCUACUGCCCCUAUCCAGACACUCCGGUCCUCUUCCCCCUUCCUCUACUGCCCCUAUCCAGACACUCAGCUCCUCUUCCCCCUUCCUCUACUGCCCCUAUCCAGACACUCAGCUCCUCUUCCCCCUUCCUCUACUGCCCCUAUCCAGACACUCAGCUCCUCUUCCCCCUUCCUCUACUGCCCCUAUCCAGACACUCAGCUCCUCUUCCCCUUCCUCUACUGCCCCUAUCCAGACACUCAGCUCCUCUUCCCCCUUCCUCUACUGCCCCUAUCCAGACACUCAGCUCCUCUUCCCCCUUCCUCUACUGCCCCUAUCCAGACACUCAGCUCCUCUUCUCAGGCCAUACUGUUCCUUUAACUCUAGUCGCCGAGAGCCACUAGUUAGUGCAGGGUGCCGUUCUGUCCUAACACUAACACACACGUUUCAAAUACUCACCUUAUGGUCUUCGGUCUCCACCUUUUGAUGAUUUGAAUCCGGUGUGUUGGUGCUGGGCUGGAACAACGCCUGCGUAUCAAGUGGCUGUCCAAGAAUGAAGUUGGAGACCCUUGUAUUAAAAGGGUUUGGGUACAAAAACGGUACUGAAGUGGGCAUCUGAGGUAAAAACACUGAAAUGUCAAAAUGUCUACUGAAGGAAUUACAUGUAUGAAGUUUAUUUUGUGAAGUUUCCAUUGAGGUUGUUUAUGUUUAUUUUUGCUCUGAUAAUAUAUUGAAGGGAUGAAUGGUUUUAUUUUCCUUUAGAUGUUUUUGUGAUUUUCAUAUUUUACUCUUCUUCAAUCCCUCAGUAGGGUUGGACUUGCUGAAGUAUGAUAUUAAGGCAACUGCUGUGUUUUUGUAGAUAAGAUAAUGAAGAUAUUGGGUGAUGGUUUAACUAAAUGGGAAUUACUGUAUACCCACCCCCUGUAUCCCUCCUACUGUACUUUAAAGGAACUGUCCAAUGAAAAUCUAACUUUUAAAAGUUCAUAUUCUGUUAACUCAUACCCAAAUAAUGUUGUUGACUCAUCCUAUACUCAUAUUUGUGGCAAAAGCAUAAAUUGGAGACAAAACGGUUUAAAAAAUGCUUGUUACUUCCUCAGAGGAGGAUGAGCUGGCCAAUCAGUGGUCUGGAGGAGGAUGAGCUGGCCAAUCAGUAGUCUAGUCGCAGUAAU